UCGUCCUCUUCUCUCUCUUCUUCCUUUGCUCCUCUUCUCAUCUCCUGCUCUCUGUGCAGUGACCAUAACUCAUCUCCCCGGCUUCGAAGGACCUCUCCCCUUCCACCUCGAGACCGGGUACGCAAGCGUUGAUGAGGUGAACGGCGUGGAGCUGUUCUACUACUUCAUACGGUCAGAGAGGAACCCUAAAGAGGACCCUCUCAUACUUUGGCACAACGGAGGCCCCGGCUGCUCUGCAUUCAGCGGUCUCGUCUUCGAAAUUGGUCCUGUAAAAUUUGUGACUUCAAAAUAUGAUGGGAGGUUACCAUCUUUGGUAUAUAAUCCUUAUGGUUGGACAAAGGUUGCUAACGUCAUCUGGGUCGACUCUCCUGUUGGAACUGGAUUCUCAUUCUCGAGAAAUCCUAAAGGCUACGUGGUUGAUGACACGAUUACGUCAAAACAAGCCUACGAGUUUCUGAGAAAGUGGCUUGUCGAACAUCCGCAGUUCAUUUCCAAUCAUCUCUAUAUUGCUGGUGAUUCAUUUGGAGGAAAAAUUGUUCCUAUCGUUGCUAGCAUGGUUGCGAAAGGUAUUGAAGAUGGCCAUUAUCCGCUCAUAAACCUCAAGGGUUAUUUAGUUGGCAAUCCGAUCACUGGUGAAGCUGUUGAUUUCAAUUCUCGGGUCGAAUUUGCACAUGCAAUGGGCAUCAUUUCAGAUGAGCAUUACGAGGUGAUACGUGAACGUUGUGAAGGAGAGGAUUACAGUAAUCGUAAUCCCCUCAACUUAAUAUGCACCUCAGCUCUUAAUAGAUUUGAGAUGAUCGGAGCCGAACUAUUCAGAGACUAUAUUUUGGAUCCCAAAUGUCCUAAAGAUUAUCCUCAAAGAAAACAAAUGUUUGGUGGUAGGUAUUUACAGGAUAAGCAUUCAAAGAUCCUCCCACCGCAAGAAGUGUUUCCUGAUUUGAAGUGUAGAACAUACCCUUAUUUUCUAUCCUACUUUUGGGCAAAUGAUUACAACACCAGAGAGGCCCUCCAUGUCAAGAAGGGAACCGUGGAAGAAUGGGUUAGGUGCAAUUAUAGCCUUGCUUAUACCCAGAAUGUCAAAAGCUCAGUAGCAUAUCAUCUCAAUCUAACCAUGAAAGGGUACCGAGCAUUGGUAUACAGUGGCGAUCAUGACAUGACUAUACCAUUUAUGGGUACACAAGCGUGGAUUCGAUCUCUCAGCUAUUCUAUUGUCGAUGAUUGGCGCUCUUGGCAUGUGGAUGGCCAAGUUGCUGGAUACACGAGAAAGUACUCUCAUAAUUUGACGUUUGCAACAGUGAAGAAUGCUGGUCACACGGCCGCAGAGUACCAACCCAAGAAUUGCCUGAUUAUGUUUGAUAACUGGAUUUCCUACGGGUCUCUAUGAUAUACUCCCAAAUGAUAUGGAAGAAGAAAUGUGUAACUGUCGUUUAUAAAUUUAAAUUUCUUCCAUAGGAAGUUUAUGUACUCUUAGUACUCGUGUGGAAACAAACAUUGGGAAUAAAAAUCUCCUUUCUUUUUAUUUUGUUAA